AUGGCUUCGUUUGUGCGACCUGCUCUGCUGAGGCAGACGGCCAUGGCUGCCCGGAUGGCCAAGACUGGCGCAUUCCGCUCUGCCUUCCUCAAGCCUACCGUCCAGAAGGAGUUCGUCAACAACACGACAAGAGUCGCCGCCUUCCACACCACCGCCAAGAGAGAUUUGCUGCCCGUCGGCCCUCUUAACGACCCUGCCCCCGUUCCUCCCCCGAGUCCCGCCCACGGCUCCUACCACUGGAGCUUCGACCGCAUCCUCGCUGCCGGCCUCGUGCCCAUCACCAUCACCCCCUUCGCCGCCGGCUCCCUGAACCCCACGGCCGACGCCAUUCUCUGCUCCCUGAUCCUCAUCCACUCCCACACCGGCUUCCAGAACAUCAUCAUCGACUACGUCCCCACCCGCACGUACCCCAAGCUCCGCAAGGGCACCAUGUGGGCGCUGAACGCCGCGACCGUCCUCGUCGGUCUCGGUCUGUACGAGUUCGAGACCAGCGACGUUGGUGUCACCGAGGCUGUCGCUCGCAUCUGGAAGGCUUGA